AUGAAUCCAUGGAUAAUAGGUUUGAUAGUUCUACUGUUGGCGUACUUGGUAAGUAUAUUGGUGAGUUUGCGGGCGAGGAAGAACUAUGCCCACUUACCUUCGCACCCGCAGUGGCCUUUCAUAGGGAAUGCCUAUAAAAUAUUUGGAGACUCCCACAACCUAUUUCUCUACUAUGAAGAGUUGUCGAAGAUGGCUGAGAUGAGCAACAAGCCAUAUGUUUUAUGGGCCGGACCUUUACCAGUCUUAAUCUUAAGUAAUCCGGAUGACAUAAAGGCAGCGGCAAACACAUUUCUGGAGAAGCCUUUUUACUACAAUUUUGCUAAAAUCUGGCUUGGGAAUGGGGUGCUACUUGCACCAGGCUGGUUAUGGAAGAAGAAUGUAAAGAAAGUGGCCUCCGCGUUCAUCGGGUCAGCGGUUGAACAGUACCAAGGCAUUUUUAAUGAACAGGCGCAAAAAUUAGUCCGAAACCUAGAACAAGAAACGAAUGGAGACUUCUUUGAUUCGUUUUAUUACGUCUCUUUGUCUUCUUUGGAAACCAUUUGUAAGGUAAGUUUCGGCGCCUCAAAAACUUUUAACGCUGAAAAAUACUAUGCUGCUUUACAUCAAACACUGGAUCUAAUUUUGGCGAGAAUAACAAAUGUAUUCCUGCAUCCAGAAUGGAUAUACAGGUUGACAUCUGGAUUUAAGAAGCUCUCGGAAUCUGUGGCUGUGUUACACGAUUUUACUUUAACUAUAUUAAGGAAAAAGAAACAAGAUCGCAAUUUGGGAAAGAGCGAUAUAAAAGAAACCGAGAAGUCCAAGGCUUUUUUGGAUUUGAUGCUGGACUUGAGUGAGACAGAUCCUCACCUAACGGAAAAGCAAAUUUUAUCUGAAACCGCCACCGUUAUCGUGGGUGGACAAGAGACUGUGGCGAACACCCUCUUCUACAUUUUCCUUGUGAUCGGUACCAGGAAGGAUGUUCAGGAUAAACUUUGUACUGAGAUAAAGAAUGUUCUUGGCGAUCGAGAUGUCCAAAAAGAAGACCUUCACAAACUUGUAUACUGUGAAGCAGUAAUCAAUGAAACCCUGCGUUUGUAUUCGCCAGUAGUCGGAGUUUUAAGAUAUGCUGAUCGCGACUUAAAACUAAGUAACUGCACUGUAGUAAAAGGUACAGCAGUGGUUUUGAACUUUUGGGGUGCCGGGAGAUCAGAACGAUUGUGGGGUGCAAGCGCUCCUGAUUUCGACCCUGACAGAUGGAUGCCACCAAAUGUUCCUUGUACGAAUGCUCACCUUCCAUUCAGUACGGGAAAGCGAGCAUGUAUUGGAAAGAAGUACGCGAUGGCAUUCCUGAAGACAGUGGUGGCGAACUGCGUCCGAAAUUAUGAAUUCACGACUGACGAAGGCUUUAAGCAGACCAGUUUUAAGAUUGAUUUGGCGUUGAGGCCCGUGGAUGGGAAUUUGAUAAAAAUUCGACGACGGAAUUAA